CGUUACGGCAGCGCUGGCUUCGCUCCGGCUGGGGCAUCCCCGGCGGCGGCGGGCGCUGACCCGGGGUGGCCUUGGCACGGCUCCGAUCCUGACCCCGGCAGCUCCGCAGCUGCGCUUGCCCCGGCUCCCAUCGCCCGGCUGCAGCUCCCGAGGAGACAGAAAGGGCCACCGAGAGGCAGAAAGGGCCACCGAGAGCCAGAAAGGGCCACCGAGAGCCAGAAAGGGCCACCGAGAGCCACCUCUGCUCCCGCCCUGCAUCCUCUGCUUCUCCCGCCUCCCAUCGCCCGGCUGCAGCCUUCCAGGAGCCAGAUAGAAGAGCCAGAAAGGGUCACCGAGAGCCAAAAAGGACCACCGAGAGCCAGAAAGGACCACCGAGAGCCACCCUGCAUCCUGCGCUUCUCCCGGCUCCCAUCGUCCAGCUGCAGCUCCCCAGGGGACAGAAAGGACCACCGAGAGCCACCGCCCGUGCGCCCUGCGCUUCUCCCGGCUCUCAGCGCUCUGCUGCGCUUCCCGAAGAGGCAGAAAGGACCCCCGAAGAGGCAGAAAGGACCCCCGAGAGCCACCUCGCUCCCACCCCGGCUGCAGCUCCCGCCCCGCAUCCCUGCGGCUUCUCGGGCUGUGGGCAGGGUGAAGAUGAGUGCUGAAGAAAUUCUGGUGCAUGCAGUAGAACUUGGAAAAAAUUUCUGCCUCUAUUUUGACGACGACGAUGAGCUGGAGUGUGAUGCCCUGUGCAAGGAAAGGACUCUGCUGCGAGUGCUGAGGAACGUGAAGAGCCAGCUGCUGGUGGUGCGCCCCGACCUGAACGUGGCAGCCUUUGAGGACGUGACAGACCAGGAGAUGCAGUCUGGCAAAGGGAUGCACUUCAGCAUUCACUGCUACAAAAACACCACGCCCAGAGCUGGGGUGCCCGUGGCCUUCAGUGUCCAGGUGGAAAACAAGAGUUAUUACAUGUGCUGUGAGAGGGAAUGUGGAGAAAUGAUCGUGAGGUUCAAGGAAGGAGAGGUUCCCAAAGAAAUUCCUGGUGAAAGCAACAUUAUCUUUUUCAAAAAGACAUUUACAUCUUGCUGCUCCAAAGCAUUUAAGUUUGAAUACUCCAUGGAACAAGGAAUGUUCUUGGCCUUUGAGGAAGAAGGCUACUUGAGAAAAUUAAUCCUUAAGAAACUGUCAGAAGAUGAAGUGGAUGAAACCAUGAAGAUGAGUUUAUGUAAGUUCAGUCAGAAUGAAAAUCACAACCUAUGAUGGAACACUUCAACAGGUUUAAAAUACAGCAUGUUUUAUUUAUAUAUAAGAAACUUUAGUCUUCAUCCUAAACAAGUCUGUUUUAACUACUGUCAGUACUCAUUAAAAAAAAUAAAAGCAAGUUUUUGGCAAGAGGCUAAGCAUGUUUUCCAGACAGACAGAAGAGACUGGAAACAAGAAAGUGCAUGUCAAUGCAGACUUGCAGGAUUUGAUCCCUAAAAUCUUUAAUGCCUAAAUCCCUAUAAUCUUUAACAUCAACUCAACAGCUUUUGAAUGAGGUUUGGAUUUCUACAUUGCCAAACCUCUCAGACAAUGAAUUUCUCACCCAAGCAGCUCAAACACCACAUCCAGCUGCAUCCUGUGUGAGGAAACCUCAGACACUUUCCACGAGAGACCCUCAGCUUGCCCACAGGGACUUCCCCAUGACUCACCAUCUGCAGGGUCCUCCUGGCACAAAAGUAACACAAGCUGGCAUUUAACCAGACCACAUCUCCAUUCUGACCACACCACCAUCAAAAAAUUGGCCAGCUACCUGCUUUUGCUAAUAAAUAAAAUUUACAAUCCACAUUAAAAAGAAAAAAAA